CUGCGGGUUAACAAGUUGUGGUGGCACCAGAGUAAAACAAGGCCACACCUCUACGUCUCGCAGCCUCCUACGACCAAUUCCCUAUUCACCGUCAUCAUGAGCACCGUCGAAGAUGCCACGGGCGAGUAUGCCUUCCUGGCGAAACUCGUCCAGCGAAUGGACCGCCAUCUCGUAUUUCCCCUCCUCGAACAUCAACUCGGCGACGAAAAUAUCUCCCAACAACGUUACGACGACAUCAAGCUGGCCAUAUUCAAUCUCCUGAAAAACACAAACAUGAUUGACUUUGUCGGAAAUCUUUACAAUGAGAUCAACAAGACAGACAACAUUCCCGCAGAAUACGCAAAGAAAAGAGAGGAUGUGCUGAGCACGCUGGCCAAAUUCGAGGCAGAGUCUGCCCACCUAACCAACCUCCUCAAUGACGAGGCUGUCACAGGCCAACUGCGAAGCGACAAGGUUGCCAACUUGAAAUUCCUCGAAGAGCAGCACGGAGUCACCCAGGAGAUGGUCGACAAUCUGUACGACUUUGGCCGAUUCAGAUAUGAGUGCGGUCUCUACCCAGAAGCCGCCGAUCUCCUCUAUCGAUUUCGAGUCCUGUCUACCGACAAUGACAAGGUUGUAAAAGCUACUUGGGGAAAGCUUGUCUGUGAGAUUCUCGGAGAAGAGUGGGAGUCUGCCCUGGAAGAGGUGGAAAAAGUCAAGGAACAUAUCGAAACUCGAUUAUUCAAUAACCCUCGUGCCCAGCUGACCGCACGGGAGGCCUUGGUUCACUACGCCCUAUUCCCAUUUUUCAAUUACGAACCUGCCCGCGAGAAACUCACCGACCUCUACUUCUCCCCAGCCUACAUCUCCUCCAUUCAGACCGCUUGCCCGUGGAUUCUCCGAUAUCUUUCUGCAGCCGUCAUUACCAAUCGAGCCCGUCUUAACAACUCCCACAACUACCAGAAACAGCUCAAAGACCUCGUCCGUGUUGUUAAACAGGAGGUCUAUGAGUACCAAGAUCCCGUGACAGAGUUCGUCAAGGCUCUCUAUGUCGACUUCGACUUUGAGGGCGCCCAGAAGAAACUCUCCGAGGCCGAAACAAUUCUUCGUGGCGAUUUCUUCUUGGGGUCAAGCACUGAUGCUUUCAUGGAAUCAGCACGACACCUGAUCUCUGAAUCAUACUGCAAAAUCCACCAGAGAAUUGAUAUUAAGGAUCUCUCUUCUCGCCUUGGUCUCUCUGACGCCGAAGGAGAGAAAUGGAUCGUCAACCUGAUCCGCGACACGAAGGUCGACGCCAAAAUCGACUACCAAGCGGGCACUGUUGUGAUGAACCACCCUCCUCAAUCAGUGUACCAACAAGUGAUUGAGAAAACGAAGGGAGCAUUUUUCCGCACUCAGGUCCUCAGUGCCGCGGUUGCGAAAUCUUGAUUGCCCUAGGUUGGUGCCACCAAAUGACUUGACGAAGCUCUCCUCACCCUGAGCACCUCGUGGUGUGCUGGCCAGAAAAUGACUGCAAUCCAUGAUUGGGGAGCCGUGCGCUGAUUGAGCCAUUCAGCACAGUUAUGUGUUAUGCCCAAGAGCUGCAGGGCUCCCAUGUGAUGCGACGUUCAUGGCACCGUCAAAUUCAAUAACUACCAGCAAGAUGUGAUGACGCAUGACACAACGAAGAUAUUUAUGGACGGAUGGGUGGAUGUGUAGAUGUCUGCAGCCUUGACGAGCCACGCGCGUGGGGUGGAGGACGUUGUUCAAAUAUGAGUGCGCCGUGGACGAAUGAAGGCCAAAGAACUCGAGGCAGAGCCUCAACUCUUUGGCAAGCCAAGAAGAAAGGCGACAAGGCUAGACGGAGCUUGGAAUCGUUGCGCUGCUUUGCGGAAAGUCGGGUUUCUCGAAGUAGGACGAAUUCUGGCCACGAGAAUGUCAUAGCGAUGGCAGCUGAAGAUCCAAGCCGGGUCCGUCAUUCGCCCACAGACAUAUGGUCGGCUGCCCUUUGUAGCUGGAGCAUUUCGGUCUUAUCGGGACAGUAGGCUGAACGUCGUCCAGUGUAGAUUGGAGUUGAAAGGGGCUAGAGUAUAGCUCAGACGAGCAAGGCAAAUCCGAUCAAGAACUCCUCAUGACAAGUUUGAUGUUUGAGCUCGUGUUCCUUGCUCGCUUUACUCAUCCACAAAUUUUAACCUCAUCAUGGACUCUGGUCGGUGGACGCAGGAAGCAAGGGAUACAUUCUAUUGGAACGAAGACCCAAGGGAAGGUUCAUGAAAAGAGGUACUCAGUGGUUGGCUGUACAAUGUUGUUGUCGUCA